UACAAUGAUGUGCAUGUGAACUUCACUCAAGAAGAGUGGGCUUUGCUGGAUCCUUUCCAAAGGAAUCUCUACAAAGAUGUGAUGCUAGAGACCUACAGGAACCUCACUGCAAUAGGCUACAAUUGGGAAAGUCAUAAUAUAGAAGAGCAUUGUCAAAAUUCUAGAAGACAUACAAGACAUAAAAGGAUACAUAUAGGAGAGAAACCUCACGAAUGUAACCGAUGUGGUAAAGCCUAUGCAUCUAACAGUGAUCUCCUAAGACAUAAAGGAACUCACACUGGAGAAAAACCUUAUGAAUGUAAUCAAUGUGGUAAAGCCUUUGCAUGGAACAGUGAUCUCCAAAAACAUAAAAGAACUCACACUGGAGAGAAACCUUAUGAAUGUAACCAAUGUGCUAAAGCCUUUGCAGAUAACAGUAGUCUCCAAAGACAUAAAAGAACUCACACUGGAGAGAAACCUUAUGAAUGUAACCAAUGUGGUAAAGCCUUUGUACGUAACAGUCAUCUCCUAGUACAUAAAAGAACUCACACUGGAGAAAAA